CAAAGUCGGUUAGAGGGGGAAAGGGAGUGGUUACGAAGACACGGGAGUAUAAAAGCCGACUGCUCGAUGUUCUAAGUACCACAUUCGAUCUGUCUUCAUCAUGUUCACUAAGACCGUCGUCGCUUUUGCCCUAGUGGCCGUCACUCUGGCUGCUCCUUCACAGCCUUCCUACGGAUAUGCUCCUCCCGCUACUUAUGAUGCUCCUGCAAAGUACGACUUUAACUACGCUGUUAAAGACGACUACUCCGGAAACGACUUCGGUCACCAGGAGGGCCGUGACGGUUACGACACCCAGGGUUCCUACUACGUCCUUCUUCCUGACGGUCGUCUGCAAAAGGUUGCCUACACUGUCAACGGCGACUCUGGCUACGUGGCUGAGGUCAGCUACGAGGGUGAGGCUCAGUAUCCCGAAUACAAGCCUGCUCCUGCCUACAAGCCUGCUCCUGCAUACAAGCCUGCUCCUGCUUACAAGCCUGCUCCUGCUUACAAGCCUGCUCCUGCCUACGAACCUGCCCCUACUUAUGCCUAA